AUGAAACUCUUCUCACUUUCACUUAUCUUGCUCUUGGCCGCUACAGUCUCCCAAGGCAGGCCUUCGGUACCCGUGCCUAGGCUCAUCGAACUGCUCACAUCAACGAGCAUCCUUGAGGUCGAAGCUGAUCUCUUAGAGAAACAGCGACUCUCCAUCAACUACCCCGACUGCAGAAGCUGGCAUCUCGGUGUUGAGACUUCUAACAUCAUAAACUUCGAGACGGUGCCCGCAAAUUGCAAAGACUAUGUUGAAGACUACUUGACCUCUUCUCAGUACCGUGACGACUCCAAAACGGUGUGCAAAGAAGCUUAUUUCUUCGCCAAAGGAAUUGCCCUAAAGAACGACACCGUCAAUGUUUGGAUCUUUGACUUAGACGAUACCCUCCUCUCUAAUGUUCCCUUUUACGCCAAAUAUGGUUACGGGACAGAGAAGCACGAUCCGGAAACGUACAGAAAAUGGUUGGAGGCCGGAGGAGCUCCGGUGCUCCCGGAGAGCUUGCAUCUUUACGAAAACAUCCAGGAACUUGGGAUUGAACCGGUUUUACUCACCGAGCGACACCAAGACUUGGUGGGAGUUACUCUAGAGAAUCUCAAGGCUGCUGGCUUCCCUUACUGGAAAAGUGUCAUAUUCAGGCCAAAGGAAUCGAACGCGAAGAUAGCCAACUUCAAGUCAAGUGAGAGGAGGAAGCUGCUGAACAGUGGAUACACUAUCAUCGGAAAUAUUGGAGACCAAUGGGCUGAUUUGGCUAAGAGCAGCGCUGGGCGAAGGACUUUCAAGCUCCCAAACCCACUUUACUACAAGGCCUAG